AAACAUUGCUGCUGAUCAGGAAACUAAACGCUCUCUGAGUUUUGUCUCACUUCUCUUUCGCUUUCACGGAAAUAACAACUUACAGAGACUCUUCACUAUGGUUAAAGUUUCUUUUAACAAGGCUCUUGCCCUAAAGGAUCCGAAGAAGGAAAGCCUCAUUCCUGAUGUGCAGGAUGCUGAAGCAGCGGUGUGGGUGCGUCAACAGUCUAAGGUGUGGUGCUGGUGCUUCUGUCUGGGAUUGGCUCUCAUGCUCUCUGGCUUAGUGGUGGGAGGAGCCUACCUGUAUAGAUACUACGUGGUCGAGGAGGAUGAGGUGUUUGCCUAUGGGAUGAAGUACUUGGAUGAAGAGUAUGAGUUUGAUGAGGAGGUGGAAGUGGAGGUGGAGGUGGGAAUGCCGCUGAGGCAGAUUGAAGAGAAUGUGAGAUUUUUCGAAGACGAUGAGGUGGAGCUCAUCCAAGUGCCAGUACCUGAGUUCAAGGACAGCGAUCCAGCUGACAUCCUGCACGACUUCAAAAUGAGGCUGACUGCUUAUCUCGACCUGAAUCUGAACAAAUGCUACAUCAUCGCCCUGAACACCUCUGUUGUCAUGCCACCCAGACAUUUCCAUGAGUUCCUGGUCAACAUCAAGGCAGGAAUGUAUCUUCCUCAAUCGUACCUGGUGCAUGAACAGAUGAUGGUGACAGAGAAGCUGGACAGCGUCAGUGAUCUGGGCUAUUACAUCUAUAACCUGUGCAAUGACAAAGACACGUACAGACUACAGCGCAGAGACACCAUACUGGGUAUGCAGAAGCGUGAGGCUCUAAACUGCCACAAGAUCCGCCAUUUUGAAAACAAGUUUGUGGUGGAGACUUUGAUCUGCGAGCCCUGAAGAACGAGAAUCAUACAUGGGUGUCUCUGACAAAGCAGCAGAUCUUCCACACUUUCUUUAAUUCAGUGUAGCUGUUUGUUCUUCAGCUUUUCGAGGCCUUUUUUUUUUACAUCUAAAAUGUGAACUUGUCUUUUCUGCACCAAGAGUUUUUUUUUUUUUUGUCAUUUGUGUUAUUUUAGGAAUAUUAAACUUAAUAAAGAGUCAAUAUGUGCACAAGAACAAAAAGGAUUAACAAUAGCAAUUUUAGCGUAGAAAUCUAAUCAGCAUGUCAUUAUUACCCAAAAUGCCAUUAUUAUUGCCAUUAUUUUGUCUCAAGAAGCUAGUAAUACAUAAAAUAAAGGCCUGGUUUCUGGUUUAAUUUAACCCCAGUUUGUGGAACCAAGCCAUAAUGUCACAAUAAUGAGGUUUAAGAAAUAUUUUGUUUUAAAUGGGAUCAAUAACCAUACAUACAAAGCACUUUCAGUUACAUAAAUUAAUAUAUCACUUAGACAUGCUUAAUUUACCACAAACCUGAAAUUAGUUUUUGUUCUUUGCUUAUUUGUGUAUAAGCUGUCUUUAAACAAGAUCCUAAACUUUACAAUUUUCUGUCUUUAAUCAUAAGCUCAUGAACU